UCGCUGUCAGUAUAAUUAUGUCAAAGAUACCAGCUGUUUUUAAUAAAUCUGAAGAUAAACUUCCUGGAUGGCAAUUGUUUAAAGAUCUUUCCAUUUAUACACAAUAAUGAUUUAAUAUUGUAAUUAGUGCUGUAACAUUGUAUGUCGAUAUCUUAAAUGUAAUGAAAAAACGUAAGAAAAAUAUCUCACAAUUUGCCGGAAAGUAUCUUAACUCAUUAUAACUUAUAAAUCGUUAUCGUUGUUUAAAACUGAGGCAAAAACGUACCUUUCACUCGACAAAUGGGGUAUUAAGCUGUUGAGCUUGGAAUGGGCAGGUUUCAGUGACUAAGUGGUGUACUCUGUUCCAGUUAAUAUAAUGCCUAAAUGCUCGCUCAAGAACAGAAUUCUACAGCUUCGUGUUAUCACAUGUAUAUUUUUUAUACUAUGUGUCAAAGCAUUCAUUCACUUCAUAAUCACAUAUGGCUUGUACAACUACCCUCACCUACCGGCAGAGGUACUUGAGACACAACUGUUCAAGCAAACCACACCUAACCUGGUGCUACAGAAGAACAAGCCUGACUGUACAUAUGACAAAAUACUAAAUAACCCAACAACUUUGCUCAAUUGGGAGGUACCAAAGAGGUUUGAUGAUUUCUCAGCAAAAGACUUAGUGAAUGGCAGCUAUGUGCCUGCACACUGCAAUCCAAAAUUUAGUGUUGCCAUAUUGGUGACAUAUAGAAAUAGACAAAGCCAGUUGGAUAUUUUCUUACCUUACAUGCAUAAUUUUCUAAGAAACCAGAACAUACACUAUAAGAUAUACCUCAUAGAGCAGCAGGAUGAGAAGCUGUGGAACAAGGGCGUGCUGUACAACAUCGGCGCCAAGCAGGCCAUCCGCGACAAGUUCCCGUGCCUGGUCCUGCACGACGUGGACCUGCUGCCGCUGGACGCCGCCAACCUGUACGCCUGCGCCGCGCUGCCGCGCCACAUGAGCGCGUCCAUCGACAAGUUCCGCUUCGUGCUGCCCUACGACUACCUGGUGGGCGGCGUGCUGGCCAUCACGGCCGACCAGUACGUGGCGGUGGACGGCUUCUCCAACCGGUUUGAGGCCUGGGGCGGAGAGGAUGACGACUUCUCCGCAAGACUUAGUGCCCAUAAGUUAGACAUAGUGAGGUUCCCCCGCGAGAUGUCCCGCUACACGAUGCUGGUGCACCGGCAGGAGCCCAAGAACACGCAGCGCAAGCGCAUCCUGUCGGAGAACCGGCGCCUCGGCGACAAGGACGGGCUCAGCUCGCUGCCCUACCACAACACGCACGUCAAGAACCACCGACUGUUCACGCUGAUCGGAGUCAUGUUAUAGUGGACGACGUUUAUGACACCAAAGUAUACUUACAUACAUUUUCGAUAAUAUUCCAUAGGUAUUUUUGUAUGAAAAUAUUCUGACAUUAGAAAAAAAAUGCCUUUCUAUUAAUUUGAUUCAAAAAUGUUGAUGUUGUAAAAUUUUGGGUUCCCUUUUAACCCGCAUCAUGAAAAUGGUACGACAAUCAUAUUAUAUUUGCUAUGGUAGCAAUUGUCAUACCAGAUGAAAUUUAUUACUUCUGGUACAGUUAGCGGGUUUAAUAGUCAAUUUGUAAUACUUCAAUAUUAUACAACAAUUUUAUUACACUAUGUGUAUGGUAACCGUGUAAUGUUGGAAGCACGUAUUGGACUGUUGGUGCCUAUUGUGUGUAGUUAAAUACUGAGGAGAGUUAUAACAUAGGUAUAUUCAAAAUAAUAUUUAUCUUACUAUAUUGCUUUAUUUUUUAAUUAUCGUUGUCCCUGCUUUAUCAGGGAACGUAUUUUUUUUUAGGUUUUAAAUGAGUAUGGCGUGUGUCAUUGAAUAGAACUGGGCCCCAAUUCCGCUAGGUGCUAACAAUGGCCGAUGAAUGAAUAUAUUAUUAUAUUGUUAAGCAUUUUCCCAACACAACAAUUGGAAAUUCAGUACGUGAAAGAACACUCGCUGUCAAUACAAUGAAUUUCCAAAUUUUCAAUAAGAAAACGCUCAGGAGAAUAUGAAUAGUGUCAUUUUAAUACAAUUUCCAUUCAUUCAUUGCAAAUAGUGGAAUCGGGGCCCUGGUUUUACUUUAGGUUAAUAAUUUAAGGCAGAUAUUUAUUGACUGAGGCUUUCGCGGAACAGGUUCCUUAUUUUAUUUGAUUGCUUUUUAGUUCGAUAUUAUGUUGAAGUCGGGCACAAGUAUCUAUUUGUACUAAGUACUGGAUAGACAAAAAAAUUACAGUCGCACCGCCUAACACGAAUAAUAAAAAACAGUAAAUAUGUGAUACAGCUGUAAUUCCAAAUUUUCCUAAUUCACGAAAACCACAAUUUAUUUUCGUUAUUUUUCGGGAACACAAAUCAAAACAAAUUGCGUAGCUGCGUAGGCAUAAUUUUAAACGCGAGUCAGAUCAAAGUAUGAAUACAUUUACUUACUUUAUAACAUUAGAUGAUUUAAUUGUUACCUAAUUUGUAUAAUUAUUCGUGUUAUCCUCACGGUUCCGAUUAAAUUAGUACUUAAUAACAACUAACAAUAGCUGUAACAGUAGGUAAAGGAUAAUAAUGUAAUUAGACCAUACAACAACGGCGGCCCAUUUAUCCUCAUAUAGAUAUUAUGAUAGGUUGUGAAUACCACACAUUUUAGGUGUUAUGUUUUACAGUAGAUUGAUAUUACACAUGAGAUAGCAUUGCAGCAUUUUCUAGGUUAGUGAGUAUUAAAUACACAGUUUUAGUUUAUUUAUUUCUUCAUGUGAUACUUUCGUAUUUAGUUUACUUGAACCAUACGCUUAUACUGCAACAUUAUGAAACGUAAUGUUAGCGUCUUUCAGUCAUUAAUUUUGGCAUUAGCCUAAUUCCUUUGACUGCCUGUAUUAAAAAAUAAGUUAUAAUAGAUAAGAACAACAAAAGCUGGUUUAGUUGACACUUUUAGAAUAGGUGCCCAAGUAUUUAGAUCUUCACUCAUUCAGGAUUUUUUGUAAUAAAGUUAUUAAAAUUUGUUUGGUUAUCGUUUGUCCCGUCGCGUCCUCAUUACAAAGUCAAAUUUCUACAAUAAGCUUUACCUGCACAACACAAAUAGCAUUCCAAA